CUAUAUGCUCGGAGGCACUUUUUGUAUCCACCUUUAAGUAUCAAUGAGUACAAUGAACGGGUGAUGAAAGUAGUACGCUGUGAAGCACAGGAUAUUCUGCUUAAGAAGAUUCUUGAUGAUGACUUCUUAACUGAAGAAGAAAGGGACAUUCUUCGCUGGGGAAAAAAUGUUGUUACCAGCAAAUCACGAACUACAAAACGAGCUGGUGUAGCUGUCUACAAUAGAGCAUCUUCACUUGAAACACUGGUUGGAUAUCUUUACCUAACUGAUGUGAAACGCUUGGAAGAACUUAUGUUUAGAUUAGGAUUCUCGACUGGUGCUUCUUCAGAUUUUAUUGCAGAGGAAUUUCGCAUGAAUUUCCAAAAAACAAGUAAAUUGUCAAGCUCUCAGACACCUACUACGCAGUAAGCGAAGUUACGAUUUGCAAAUUUGGAAAUGAGAAGCAUGGUGACUUGCUGGUGGUCGCCUAUUUGCUGGAACCAACAAUUCCCUCACAUUUCUCACAUUAUUAUUAGUUCAACAGCAUUGACAUGACAGGGAGGGGCAACCAAGCCAGAAAGAGGGAUACACUGCUCUGGAACUGAAGCUACUAUAGAUAUGUGCGGAUGUAUCUAUUGCUGAGUCCCGUUUAUCAGAAAGAGGGAAUGCAAACUAUGAAGCUGUGGUUAUCCCUUAUUUGGAUCAGCCAGUACCCCCCUCGAGUUUUCUAAUGUAGCAGUAGCCAUCAUUUGCUAAAGCGAUACAAUGCAAGCAUAUUCAGGAUAAAGUGACCAUUUUGAAAUUUUAUGGUGAUCAUUCAAAAUGAGCUUUAUCCUCAUGUAGACGGUAAUUUCUGUCAUCCAUGUUUUUCCAAAACAGGUUCCAAUCAUUUUAUCAACUUGCUUGCGUUGUGUCGUUCUCAUCCGCAGCAAUAGAUGUUGAUGCGAUGCAUGACAAAAUGCACUCAUGUACGUCUCAGAGCAUUACAUUACAAAAGGCUUUUAUUAUGGUCUUUUAUUAUAAGAAUAUACUUCUCACAUUCUUAAUAUU